UUUGUCCGACACACGGUCCCUCUCAGUAACACGUCCGGAGGUUUCAGUCUGAAAACGUGAAUCUGAUUAAAAUGUGAAAUUAAAGAACAAACGUUUGUUUCUUCACGUUGAUUGAAGAAGAGGAGCUCAGUAUGGAGCUUUCAUCUUUACUUCAUGACCUUCAUCUCUCCUCCUCCUCCUCCUCCUCCUCCUUAGAUAAGCCCCUCCCCUCUCCCUCCCUUCCUCCAAUCACAGAGCUCCUGUCUCGGCUGCAGGAGAAGCUGAUUGGAGCGUCCUCUGACUCUGAAUCGAGCUCUCUGAUUGGCCGUGUGGAACGGCUCUUCCAAACAGCAGAUGCCCAUUGGCUGUUCUCAGCCAAUCAGGAUGAUGGGUGGGCGGAGCUUCAGACGGCGUACGGCGCCCUGGUCUGCGCUCUGAUUGGCUGUGCAGCUCUGCCGCUCUGUGAGGACGGCGGCUGCUCUCUGCCGGCCUCAGCCUAUCAGAGCGUCCCGAACAGAGCAGGGCCGGUAUGCUCCGCCCUCACAGCGCUGCUGGGAACUCUGGGAAACGCAGGCGGUGGGACUGGUCUGCUGCUGGAGGUGGCUGCUCCGGUGUGUGUGUUCGCCGUCACUCACUUCCAGGAUCAGGUCUGGACCAGCUCCUCCUCCAGAGCGGCGGCUCAGAACCUGCAGGAGGCGCUGCUGAGAGCGGGAGGCUGGAGGGACUCCUCCCACCUCCUGAUGGGGGACGGGAGGGGAGAGGAGGGGGGGAGGAGCAGAGGCAUUCUGGGAGAAAUCCUGGACGUCCUUCAGCCUCAACUGACAAAGGACUCGUGGCAGCGUUGUGAAGCGGUGAAGUUGGUGUUUGCGUGGACGCUCCUGCAGGUGACCCGUCCCUCUCUCUCCCCUCACCUGUCCCGCCCUCCCCCCUCCCUCCUUCUCAACGACCACUACAGACCAGAGAACUGCAUCCUGGGAGUUCGCUGCCUGCACCACAUCGUUCUCAACACGCCGGCUGCAGAUCUGCGUCAGUUCAACAGAGCAGAAGUUCUCUACCAGGCUUUAUUCAAACACCUGUACACCUCAGAGAGUGAUGUCAUACAGUCAGUCCUGUCCUGUCUCUUGGACCUGUUGGUGGUCUUGGAGAAGCCCCCCUCGUCUCUAGGCCCCUCCUCCUCCCGCAGGACGUCCUGUCGCCAUGACGACGUGCUGCGUCUGGUCCUGACUCACAUGGAGGCGGAGCAUAAGGUGGUGCUGCGGCGCGUCUACGCCUCCGCUCUGCCUCUGUACAUCGACAGGAUGGGCGUGGCCGUGUGCAGACACCUGCGGCAGGUGGAGCGGGUGGUGCUGGGAUACCUGGAGGUCAGAGACCCUCCUGAAGAGACCAGUCGACUGAAGAUCCUGGAAGUCCUGCAGAUAACAACCAGAGCCGCCUGGCCCCGGAUGUCCUGUCGUGUUGCCGUGUUGCUGCGUUGCCUGUUGAAGUUGCUGGUUGCCGUGUCUUCAGACCUUGAUCUCAGCGUCUCAGUGAGACAGAAGCUGAUGAAUCAAACGUCUCUCUGUCUCAAACUGCUGGACGGCUGUUGUCAUGGAGACCUGCAGCGUCUCCUCCAGCAGGUCGACAGCAGCUGCUGCAGCUCUGAGGUGCUCGGUUGCCUAGCAACAGUAACUGUGACGGCGGAGAGGUGAUGCAGAACACCUGGAACACCUGGAACACCUGGAGCAGAAACAACCAGGAAGUAGAGACUUUGUCGGGACUAUUUUCAGCGGCGGAUUAAGAUCAUGCGUUACCCGGAUUCAUGCAUUGUAUAAAAUAUGUUGUUGUCAUGGAAACUGCUGUAUAUUAUAGGCUGUUGAACGAUCUGAAGUUGUAAACGUGUAAUGUCUUUAUGUUGUUACCAUGACAACCACGUUGUUUCUAUCAAAUCAGACAAAACAAAUAAACAGUUUUUAUUCAA